AUGUCUGAGGAAGAGGAAAGAGAUUGUGAGGAGAGGACAAAAAAUGGCAACUCCUCCUCCCUAACAGGAUGCCCUACAGCUGUACGAGGAGUGGCCAGAGGUGGAUUGACAGCAGUAACUAUAGCAACAACAACAUCUGCAGAAACAAGAGCAGCAGCAAAAGAAGCAAAAACAGCUGCAACAAAAACAGCAGCAAAGGACUCCUCCCCGAAGCUCUGGGUGGCUCAGAAUUAUUUCUGCAAAAUCUAUCUAUCUAUCUAUCUAUCUAUCUAUCUAUCUAUCUAUCUAUCUAUGAACUUAUAUAUAGUCGUCAUACCAACUGUACUGUACCCUCUCUCUAUCUAUCACCAACUGUUCAUACGUGCCCCCUAUCUAUCUAUCUAUCUAUCUAUCUAUCUAUCUAUGACUGUACAUAACCCCCCUCUCUCUAUCUAUCAUCAACUGUUCAUAAGCGCCCCCUAUCUAUCUAUCUAUCUAUCUAUCUAUCUAUCUAUGACUGUACAUAACCCCCCUCUCUCUUUCUAUCUCCAGCUAUUCAUAAGACCCAUCUCUCUCUCUCUCUCUCUCUCUCUCUCUCUCUCUCUCUAUCUAUCUAUCUAUCUAUCUCCGCCUGUUCACAACUCCCUGUUUCUCUAUCUCAGUUUGUUUAUCUAUCUAUCAUUGGAAAUAGAAAAUGAAAUUUAA